CGGGGAGCCCACGAGACGCACUCUCACGCCAGGUAGCACCCAACAUGCUCUAGCUGUUGCGUGCAGACUCAAGAGAGAUCUCCCUCAGACCGUGUAAACCUCUUCCCCUCAGUACUCCAGCCGUCUGUCCCCUGUUGCGUGACCUGGCCAUGCUGAAUGCAGGGCUCCGGUCCCGGUUGACGGCCAGAGCUGCCAACUGGUGGCCUCUGUGCAUGUUGCUGUUGGAGCUGCUGAUCUCUGGAGUCCUGCCCAGCAUUCCCCGGCUCCCUCCCGCAGCCAAGAGAGAAAUCAUCAUCGAUGGAGACUUGGUUAUCGGGGGGCUGUUCCCGGUGCACGAAAAAGGCAACGGGACGCAGGACUGCGGCAAGAUCAACCAAGAGAGAGGGAUCCAGCGACUGGAGGCCAUGCUGCUGGCGCUGGACGAGAUAAACUCGAGUGAUCGAAUCCUCCCCGGGCUCAAACUGGGGGCCCACAUUUUGGAUACCUGCUCCAAGGACACCUAUGCGCUGGAGCAGUCCCUGGAGUUUGUCAGGGCCUCCCUCACCAAGGUGCACGAGCCGGGCUUCAUCUGCCCCGAUGGCUCCAACCCCAUCCAAAACGACGUUCCUCAGGCCAUCUCCGGGGUCAUCGGGGGAUCCUACAGCGACGUCUCCAUUCAGGUCGCCAACCUGCUCCGCCUGUUCCAGAUCCCUCAGAUCAGCUAUGCCUCCACCAGUGCUAAGCUCAGCGAUAAGACCCGUUAUGACUACUUCGCCCGCACCGUGCCCCCCGACUUCUACCAGGCCAAGGCCAUGGCCGAGAUCCUGCGCUACUUCAACUGGACCUAUGUAUCAACCGUGGCAUCAGAGGGUGACUACGGCGAGACGGGUAUUGACGCCUUUCAGCAGGAGGCCCGCUCUCGCCAAAUCUGCAUCGCCACCUCUGCCAAGGUGAGCCGCUCCAUGAGCCGGCAGGGCUAUGAGAACGUGAUCCGCUCCCUGCAACAGAAGUCCAAUGCAAAGGUGGUCCUCCUGUUCACCCGCAGCGAGGACGCCCGUGAGCUCCUGGUUGCCGCCGCCCGAAUGAACGUCACCUUCACCUGGGUGGCCAGUGACGGCUGGGGGGCACAGGAGGGCGUGGUGAGGGGGAGCGAGACGGCGGCCAAUGGCGCGUUCACCCUCGAGCUGGCCUCCUAUCCCAUCAGGGAGUUUGAGGACUACUUCACCAAGCUGAACCCUUACACCAACACGAGGAACCCGUGGUUCAAGGAGUUCUGGGAGCGGCGGUUUCGCUGCAGCCUCCAGGAGCCUGGCUGUAGCGACCGCAGCCUGCGGGAUGGGACCUUUGAACAGGAGUCCAAGAUUAUGUUUGUGGUGAACGCAGUGUACGCGAUGGCCUAUGCCCUCCACAACAUGAGGCAAGCCGUAUGUCCAAACGCUUCCAAAGUCUGUGAGGCCAUGAAGCCGGGCAAUGGCAAACGCUUCUACAGGGAGUUCAUCCUCAAGACCAAGUUUGAAGCGCCAUUCCGGCCUGUAGAAACCGAGAACAUGGUGCGCUUCGACUCCUUCGGGGACAGUAUCGGCCGCUACAACAUCUUCCAUUACCACAAGGAAGACAGGAAGUUUGUCUAUAAGAAGGUGGGCUACUGGGCUCAGAACCUGACCUUGAACACCAGCCUGGUUCUCUGGCGCGGCCUGGUACCGCCCACCUCCCAGUGCAGCGACCCCUGCAGGAAGAACGAGGUGAAGAGUAUGCAGCCUGGCGAUGUGUGUUGCUGGAUCUGUAUCCCCUGUCAGCCCUACCAGUAUCUGCAGGAUGAAUUCACCUGUGCGGACUGCAGCUUUGGCCAGUGGCCCCUGGCCAACCUGACAGGUUGCUAUGACCUGCCAGAGGAGUACAUCCGCUGGGAAGAUGCAUGGGCUAUUGGACCUGUGACCAUCUCCUGCCUGGGUAUACUGUGUACUCUGUCAGUGGUGGGCCUAUUUUUCAAGAACAACCAGACCCCUGUGGUGAAGGCCAGCGGACGUGAGCUCUCCUACAUCCUCCUGUUGGGGGUGCUGAUGUGCUAUAGCAUGACCUUCAUCUACAUUGCCAAGCCCUCCACAGCUGUGUGUACGUUCCGGCGACUAGGCCUCGGCACCUCUUUCGCCAUGUGCUACUCAGCCCUGCUGACCAAGACCAACCGCAUCGCUCGCAUCUUCAGCGGCGUGAAGGACGGAGCCCAGAGGCCUCGAUUCAUCAGCCCCGCCUCCCAGGUGGCCAUCUGUGGCGUGCUGAUCUCCUGUCAGCUGCUUGUGGCUGUAGUCUGGCUGCUGGUGGAGAUACCUGGAGUCAGGAAGGAGGUGGGCCCAGAAAGAAGAGAUGUGGUGAUCCUCAAGUGCAACAGCAGGGACUCCAGCAUGCUCCUGUCCCUCACUUACAACUGCAUCCUCAUCAUCCUCUGCACCGUCUAUGCCUUCAAGACCCGCAAGUGCCCAGAGAACUUCAAUGAGGCCAAGUUCAUCGGGUUCACCAUGUACACCACCUGCAUCAUCUGGCUAGCCUUCCAGCCCAUCUUCUACGUCACUGCCAGUGAUUAUAGGGUGCAGACCACCACCAUGUGUAUCUCUGUCAGUCUGAGUGGCUCCGUGGUGCUGGGCUGCCUCUUUGCCCCUAAGGUCCACAUCAUCCUGUUCCAGCCCCAGAAGAACGUGAGCACGCUCCGGGUCACAGCCAACCGCUUCAGCGCCACGGUGUCUGCCUCCGCCUCCGCCCCCAGCUCCAGCUACUCGAAAGGCUCCGCCUCCAACUACGUGCCAGCGGUGUGCAACGGACGCGAAGUGGUGGACUCUACGACGUCAUCUUUGUGAGACGGCUCCCCUUUUUAAACGCGAGACAACUAUUCGAAAUCCUCAUUUGGCCCCUCCCACAAACAACGCUGCCCCCCCCCCCGCCAUCAAAACAAGCUGCGGGGGAUCGAUGGUUCCGGGCUGGACUGGGAUGGCGGGAACGUGUGUUCGUAACUGUGAAGCGUAGUGGCGUUCCUCUGGGAAGCGGUGUGUAUGGACCGUGAAGCGGUUUUGUAUAGAUUCAACAUGCUGUGUUUUCCUCGGUUUACAGGUAGAUGUGGUUCGAAUGCAUUUUGCGCCUCGUCGUGAGAAGGUCUUGUUUUCUGGCUGGUCGUGAAACAGUCGUAGCGGUCCUUAUCUUGUCCUUGCCGUGCUGUGAGUACUAGCGAAACACUUCUGUAGAAAAUGACUAAAAACGUUAUAUGCGGUUAACCAUAGUGGACGUGAUGAAAAUAAAACAACAAAAAACUAGGCAACUACACCAUGUAAAGGAUGUUUUCAUGUAGACUAUGGUGAAUCAG